AUGAGGCCGCCCAACGUCUUUCCAGGGCGAUGGCGCUUUGUUCCCAUCAAUUCCGCAGCUAGUAUCCGACCUCAGUGGAUACAGAAAUACCAUUAUUAUCCCGCUAGCCUCGCCGGAAGCAGAAACUGCUCUUGCACUGCGUCGCAGCUUUCGCAGACCAACGCUGGCCAGCUCCUCAGAAACAACAACAACGACAACGACAACGACAACGACAACCACAAUAAAAGCGAUGCACCUCAUCAUGGCACCUAUUCGCACACACAUACCCUUCCCCCAGCAGACCACAGAGUGGUAGGGACUGAGCAAGAGCUCUUCGUCACCUCCCAAUACAGCCCGGGAUCACCACUAUUCCUCCCUAACGGAACCCAUAUCCUCAACAAACUAACUUCCUUCCUUCGAGCACAAUACACGCAAUACGGCUUCCUCGAGGUCCUGACGCCGAGCAUCUAUAAAAAGUCUCUGUGGAAAGUCUCCGGCCACUGGCAAAACUACAAGGAUGACAUGUAUGAGGUACGGGGGCGGAACGCAACGGGCGAACAAACGGCGGAAACGCAGAUUGGCGAAGACGAAUCAUACGGCCUUAAGCCCAUGAAUUGCCCCGGCCACUGUUUGCUCUUUAAAUCGCAGAAUCACUCCUAUCGCGAGCUGCCUCUCCGCUAUGCGGAUUUCAGCCCUCUGCACCGCAAUGAGAUCUCCGGCUCGUUGAGCGGACUUACCCGCGUCCGCCGCUUCCAUCAGGAUGAUGGCCAUAUCUUCUGCAGGCCGCAGCAGAUUGGCAGUGAGAUUGAGUCCGCGUUGAAGUUUACUGAUACUGUGAUGAGGACGUUUGGAUUUGAGAAUUACCGUCUUGUUCUAUCUACGCGACCGGAGAAGGAUUUCAUUGGCAGUGUUGAGCUGUGGGAUAGUGCGGAGCGGCAGCUAAGGGAUGCUUUGGAGAAAAGCGGCCGGUCAUGGGAACUCAAUCACGGGGAUGGUGCAUUCUACGGGCCGAAGAUUGACAUGCAGAUCCAGGAUUCGGAUGGCAAGUUCCAUCAGCUCUCCACUAUUCAGCUAGAUAUGAACCUGCCACAGAGAUUCGAACUAGAGUACGCUGUUCCAGAGGGUGAGGAGGACUACGAUCCGGAAACCCCGGGGAGAGCAGUGCCGGUCUUGAUCCACCGGGCCAUCUUCGGCUCCCUCGAAAGAUUCUUCGCGCUUCUCAUUGAGAACUAUAAUGGCCGAUGGCCGUUCUGGCUCUCCCCUCGCCAGGGAAUCAUCCUAACCGUUUCGCAGGAUGAGAAACUCCUACAAGCAGCGGAUGAUGCGGCGGCAAAAAUGUCCGGCUAUUGGCGGGUCCUCAGUAGCAGUGGGGAUGCCAACUCAACUCCAGCGCCUCCAAAACCACUAUCACCAGCGCGGACAACAUUUCGUAUCGACCUGGAUACCUCUGCCAGAUCUCUCGGGAAAAAGAUCCGCGAAGCCAAGAAAAUGAAAUAUAAUCUGAUUUUCGUCCUGGGGGAGAAGAAUCUGGUGGAUGGGAGUGUCGAUGUUGAUCUUGGCGGGCAGAUGAUGAUGACGCUUGGGAAGGGAGGGGUGAAUUCUGGGGCAACCAGCCAUCUUCAUCUUCUUGUUGACACGCCUUGCUGGGACGUCACAGGAGUUCCGGAUUUACAUGGUGGAGCUAAUGCCGUGGCGAACGCGAUGAAGAUGAAGAUGAAAGUGGAUGAUGUGUAUAAUUGGUUAUUGCGCCUGGAAACGACAUUCCAUUGA